AAGGAGAGCAGGACUUUUUCAGUGGUUGUUGGAAUAGAGUAGUGUCACAGGGAAACAUUCUUGAUUCCAAUUUUGAAUGGGCUUAAUUUUCUGAGUUUACGCAACUGAUUUCUUUUUCAGCUACCUACUCUAGCUUGGCAACGAUUUAAUGACAGCCGAAAUCCCGAAGAUAGAGAUUAUAAGUGACAAGGAACAUAUUGGGUCAAAUAAAGAAGAGCAAGUAGGUUGGCGGCAAGACCGAGAUGCCUUUGUGAAAGGCAUGAAGGCUCUUCAAGAGUCCAGUCGCACGCAUGGAAUCAUACCAAAGCUUCAACCCCACUUCAUGAGCUUGAAGAAGCAAGGCAAAACAUCAAUGGUUUAUCUAUGCAGUCCUGAUACUGAUCACGUUGCAACGGGACUUAUGGAUCUUGGUUGGGGUUGUGGAUACCGUAAUUGUCAGAUGUUAAUGACUUUUUUGUCAAAGCAACGGGAUCAGAAUGUUCCGAUUCUUGAUGGUGUAGUGAACAUUAAGGGAUUGCAAUUACUGCUGGAAAACGCGUGGAAAGAAGGUUUUGAUCCAGCAGGAGCAGCACAGCUCGAACAUCGUGUUUAUAAAACCCACAAGUGGAUUGGUACCACGGAAGUGUACACCAUGCUCGCAUAUUUGGGCAUUCGCUGCACGAUACUGGACUUCGAUCGCCCCACAGGCACCAACAACUCGCAUGACGCCAUGUUUGAUUGGAUACAGUCUUACUUUGAGGAAGGGUGCUCUGAGGAAGGCAAACUUGCCGAGGCGGAUGCGCGCCAGCAACAAGCCGGCAAACAUAAAGAUCGCGUUGUCCAUAUCACAAAUCGACCGCCCAUUUAUCUACAGCACUCCGGUCACAGUCGAACUAUUAUCGGUAUCGAAAUAUUAAGCGAUGGCAAACGUAAUUUAGUGAUGUUUGAUCCUGGUAGGCGAAUGGCCCGAUCGUACAAGAAAAACGUUAGCGUCCCAGAAGACGACAUGUAUAACUCCGGACUUCUGUCAUUGAACAAUGACGAAGAAAAUACCAGCACCGACACACCACCGGAAGAGCUGCCUGAUGGAUGGCUCUCUAAAAUGCGAAACUUGUUCACGGUUCCCGCAUCUAAUUUAUUAAGACCCUUUAGAGUUGAUUCCAAUAGCAUUGCGAGCAAUCCACAGUAUCAACUCUUAGUGCUAGGAGAAGUGAACGAACUUAAGAUAGCAGCCCCAACGCAUCAGUGCCUUCGCUGGAAUCCAGACAAAUCAUUCUUACUCAGCUCAGAGGAGCGCGAGCAGAAUAAAAAGAUUGGAAGCUUUCGCGUUGUAUAAUAUCCGGUAAACACCUUUAAUAACAUUCAGCUAUGUACAAAUUCAACCAUGUUUAAAUACGCCCAUGUUUACAAUUGUGAAGUGGAAAUGAAAAAAAUUGGGAAACUUGUAGUUUCCCAGCUACGUAGAAUAAAUACGGUGGUAGACUCUUUUUUGACAAGAGAUUUAUAGCAGUGAUCCUAUUGGAAAUCUUCUUCUAGCAGUUGUUUCGACAGGAUAUUCUAGGACGGAAUUUUCCAAGC